AUGCGCCUUUGGGCGCCUGAUAAACGCAAAGGCAUGGCACUGCUGAAGCCGGUCUUUGCUGUCUUUGUCCUCAUCUCGCUCGUCAUCCUUCGCUCCUCACCCCUACGAAUCUAUUGCUCGGAGGAGCACCCGGAUUUCCCCGACCAGCGCAUGUGUGUGUUCUCCAACCUCCUCAUCGUGAACCAGACACUUCACUAUGUGAGUAGCAAGCAGGAGGAGCUGCCUCCCAUCUUCAUCAGCUGGGAAAAGGUGUAUGAGGGCGACCAGCACCUCGCCAUCAGCAUGACCCAGCCAGGGAAUCUGCCCCUCACUCUCUGGAGGGAAGUGGAGGUGGUUCGCAGGGCCGGUCUCUUUCACCAGCAGCACCCCCUGAACUACUACCACCUUUUCACCGAGAUCGUGCCUACCAUGCACUACUCCAUCUGCCGGGCCCUGGGCAUAUGCACGCAUGAAGCGUCGCAGGACCUGCGGCUGUUCUGGGUGAACAAGUCCGGGGUCAACCACCCCAAGGGCUAUGUCUUCAAUGCGCCGCAAGCCAUCGUGGACCUGCUGCAGUGCAUCAGCCCGCAGCCCGUCCUCAACCUGCAAGACACCGGGUCGCGGCCGAUCCUGAUGGAGAAGGCGGUGGUGGGCCUGCCCCGCAACGUCCGCUUCUACCACCAGAAGAAAGAGGAGUGGCAGGCCAGGUUCAAGGACCCGCCCGCCCUCAAGUACAUGAAGCAUUACCGGGAGCAAGUGGCCGCCUGCCUCAACCAUGACUUUGUCAACGAGCGGGCGCCGACCGACCCGGUCCGCAUCACCAUAGUGAACCGGCACUACGAGGCGGGGCGGUCGCUGCUGAACGCGGAGACCAUUAAGGACCACAUCCUGUCCCUGCCCUCCGUGCGAGAGGCGGGACCGGAGCGGGUGGUGGUGGAGGUGGUGUACCUCAAGGGCACGCUGCGGGAGCAGGCGGCCGUGGUCUGGAACAGCUCGGUCUACAUCUGGGCGCAUGGCGCCGCCAUGGCCCACGUCUUCUUCCUGCCGCGGGGGGCGCAUGCCGUGGAGCUGGUGCAGUGGGCUGUCAAGGAUCCCCACGACCAGCAUGUUUGGGUGCAGGGCAUCCGGAAGGCCUUCGACAUCGACAUCCAGCUGGGGGUGGUGACCAACGACGACCGCACCAAGGUCUUCUUCAACUACGAUGUGAUCCGAGCCCCGAACUCCCAGUACCACCGAUUCAACGACUCGGAGAAGGUGGCGUUGCUCGAGAACCUGACCUGUCCCGAGCAGCCAUAUGCCAAUGGCGGGGAAUGCUUCGGCUGGUUCCAUUGGGGCAUGUCCCUUGUCCUCAAGUUUGACCUCCUGAGGCCACAGGUGGUGGCGGCCCUGAAAGCACUCCGCCCCUGA